AUGAACCCUUCCAACUUCAAUGCUUCUACUCUUCAAACCCAACGCAGCUCUAAUGCCUCUCCUACCACUACCACCACUACUACUACAGGACGCGUUUCCAAAGCAGACUCUUCUCUUGCUGGAGGUAACACAUCGGUAGCGUCACUUCUACGUAGUUAUCCCAUGAAACGCACUAAACGCACUUACCGUCGUUCUCCAGCGAGUGUUCCUUCGUAUACUGCGGAAUUUGAAAAUAAGGAGAAUGUUUCAAAGAACUCCAACGAUGGUUCCGUUAAAUCUACAAAGCGUGCUUUAGCGGCAUCGGAUAUUAUGAACGAAACGACGUUGCUGGAUCUCUUUCAUACACCCAUGGACGACGCAACCAUGGAUAUUACCGAACGCGUAAACAAUGAAACUCGUCAAAACAUGUAA